UUGACGAGAAACAACGACACCAGAGCCAACAUGUACACGCCCAUCUCCCGCACCCUCACAAAUCUCCUCCUCCUCUUCUUCUUCCUCCUCCUCCCAUCCCUCGCGACCAGCACGCCAAUCGCACCACGAGCAAGCCAAACCACCACAAAACACACCCCCAAAAUCUUCAUCAUCUCCCUCUUCACCCCAGAAGCAACAACAUGGUACACGCACGCGCCCUCCAACUCCUCCAUAUCCUCUACAAACCUCCUAUCCAACAACAUCACCCUCCCGCUCCUCUCCCCCCUCUUCCCCUCAAUCCACUGCACCCCAACCCACGAAAUCUGCCAACUCGUCACCGGCGAAGCCGAAAUAAACGCCGCAACCUCCCUCACCGCCCUCCUCCUCUCCCCCCUCUUCAACCUCUCAAAAACUUACUUCCUCGUCGCGGGCAUCGCCGGCGUGAACCCCGAACACGCAACGCUGGGAAGCGCAAUGUUCGCGCGGUAUGCCGUGCAAGUCGGGCUGCAGUACGAGCUUGAUCCGCGCGAGCUCGGCGACGCCGCGGAGGGCGUGACGGGGUAUAUCGCGCAGGGCGCGCGAGCGGUUGGAGAGUACCCGCGAGAUAUCUACGGCACGGAGGUGUUUGAGCUUAAUGACGAGUUACGCCAUGUCGUGGCUGGGUUUGCGCGGGGGGUCGAGUUGAGCGAUAGCGCGCUCGCUCACACUUAUCGCUCCCACUACAUCACUGACGAUAACCGGUAUUUCGCUGGGACGCAGCCGCCGAGUGUCGUCGAGUGCGAUGUUGCUACCUCCGAUACUUUCUUCUCCGGGAAGUUGUUAGCCGAGGGAUUCGCGGAUUUCACGGCGCUGAUGACGAAUGGGACCGGGGUUUAUUGUAGUACGGCGCAGGAGGAUAAUGCGUUGUUGGAGGGGUUGGUGAGGGGGCAUGUUGCUGGGUUGGUGGAUUUCGAGAGGGUCGUUGUGCUGAGGACUGGGAGCGAUAUGGAUCGUCCGUAUCCUGGGCAGCCGGCGUUGGAGAAUUUGUUUGGCAUGGAGAUGCAGGGGGGGUAUCCGAUUGCGAUUGCGAAUGUGGGGAUUGUUGGGUGGGCGGUUGUGGAGGGGAUUUUGGGGGAGUGGGAUAGUAGGUUUGAGGAGGGGGUUAAGGCGAGUAAUUAUGUCGGUGAUAUCUUGGGUACUCUUGGGGGGACACCUGAUUUUGGGCCUGGGAUAUGA